AUGGCAGCGGAGAUGAAGGUGACGGGGCAGAGCCAGGAGCAGUUCCUGCUGCUCGCCAAGUCCUCCCGCGGCGCCGCCCUGGCCAGCCUCAUCCACCAGGUGCUGGACGCGCCCGGCAUCUACGUCUUCGGGGAGCUGCUGGACCUGCCCAACGUGCGGGAGCUGGCUGAGAGUGAGUUCUCCCCCAUCUUCCGUCUGCUCACCGUCUUUGCAUAUGGGACAUAUGCUGAUUACUUGGCUGAAGCGGCCAAUCUCCCUCCUUUGACUGAGGCGCAGAAGAACAAGCUGAGACACCUAUCAGUUGUUACCCUGGCUGCCAAGAUCAAGUGCAUCCCCUAUUCGGUGCUGCUGGAACAGUUGCAGCUGAAGAACGUGCGGCAGCUGGAGGACCUGGUGAUUGAGGCUGUGUACGCAGAUGUCCUCCGUGGGAGCCUGGACCAGCGGAAUCAGCGCCUUGAGGUUGACUACAGCAUCGGGCGGGACAUCCGAAGGGAGGAGCUAAGCACCAUCACCCGCACAUUGCAGGAGUGGUGCCAAGGCUGUGAGGUUGUCCUGUCGGGCAUUGAGGAGCAAGUUAGCCGGGCUAACCAGCAUAAAGAGCAGCAGCUGGGCCUAAAACAGCAGAUAGAGAGUGAGGUGGCAAAUUUGAAGAAGACCAUUAAAGUCACAACAGCAGCAGCUGCAGCAGCAACAUCCCAGGACCCAGAGCAGCAUUUAACAGAGCUCAGGGAGCCAGCUCCUGGCACCAACCAGCGCCAGGCCAGCAAAAAAACUUCUAAGGCCAAAGGACUCCGGGGCAGUGCGAAGAUCUGGUCUAAAUCAAACUAGCUGGAUCCCUGGGAGGGUAUGGUGGGAACAAGGAAUUCUAACAAAGUCACUCAGAAAAGGAAGGUGCAGUCAGUAAAUGUGUGUUUGGUACUGAAGAUUGGGGACUGAUGAUGAUGUCUGAUUCUCAUGAUGAAAUACCUUCAAUAAACAUGGAUGAUAAUUAAACAGCAGGCAUUAAAGCUAGACAUUUUUAAAUCACUACAUUUGGGUAAUUUGCAGUGAGGACUUCUUAAAGAGCUGGCAAGGAGGUCUCUAGACCAUUAAUCAUUAUUUUCAAUAAGCCUCAGAAGGGGAAGAUGGAACAACCAAUAGGCCUGUCAGCCUGACAUGGAUCUCAGACAAAAUAAAGGAACAAUAUAUAUGAGACUUGACUAAUCAAGCAACAAAGGAAAUUAAGGCACUGAAUGUCAAUCAACCUAGGUUUGUAAGAUAUUGAUCUUCUCUGUGUGUUUUUUUCCCCCUGAGAUUACAUGUUUGACAUAAAGGUUACUGUUAAUACAAUAGAUUGAUAGAGUAUUUGACUUGGUACUGCACAGUAUUUUGAGUGAGAACCUAGACGGACAUCAAUUCAAUGUGGCAUACAGUGAAUGUAUUGAACACUGGCUAAAUGGAUAGAUCUUAAACUUCAAAUGAGGAAUCAUUAUUAAGCAGGUAUAUUUCUAGUAUUAUCUCACAGGGAUCCGUUCUUAGCUAUAUGUUAUUCAAUAUCUACUGCUGAGCGUAGACAGACCUAACAAUUCUAGUCCUGUUCCAUCCAGUAUUAUAAUGAUUUAGCUUGUGUAUUGCUAAAGGAGCAUGCAGAGGUAACAGUGGAUGCAUGUUGCCAAGCAGCAGCUUCCCCUCCCCUUUUAAAGUGGUUAAAAAGUAUGUUUGCCCAUAGCCUUGAUCUGUGACUGAGAAGUAAACCUAGAUCUACGGGGUGGUCAGCCUCAGCCCAUGGACCAGAUCCAGCUUGCAGAGCCACUCUGUCUAGCCGGAAGGGUUUCCCACAGAUCCAAAACUUGGGCAGGGGGCGGGAGGCGGGAAAGCAGUGGCAGCAUUAAUUGCUAUUUCCCUGCUGUCAGUUUUCCAGGCCUGUGGGGAACCCCAUGGGCCAGAUAGAGUAAUCCUGCAUGCUAGAUUGAACCUGUUGGGCUGAGUGGACGUAGUGUGGACCCUGUGGGGGUGGCACAGGCCCAAUCCAGAUGGCAUAGGACCCAGUGGAGGUGGCAUGGACCUGAUCCAGGCAGCACAAGACCAAAUGGAGGCAGUGAGGGCCCAGUGCAGGGCUGAGUGGAGGCAAUACAGGCCCAAUCCAGCCAGUGGACCAGCCCUGUGCUACUCAUUUGACCCACAGGACCAAAAGAUUGAGCACCACUGACAUAAAAACAUUUCUUAUUAACAUUUGCAGACAAAGAUUAGGAGAUAGACAAAUAAUCCAUUUGUGAUUGGUACCACUUGUUUAAAUGGGUGAAAAUUAACAUUUUAAUAUAGCCAAAUAUAAACUUGUACAUCUAGAAACCAAAAAUAUGGGCCUUACUUCUGUUUGUUUUUUGAACACCCUCCAGAAAUCACUCCAGCACUGCUCUUGUUUCAGAUCUUAAUCUUGCUCAGUUCUGUGGCGUCUUUUGUUCAUAUCUCUAGUUCAUUUGUGUCUUUCCUCACUAUGUCCUUCCAUCUCAACCUUGGCCUUCCCAUUUUCAUUUUUUCCUUUUGCUUCAGUUUUCAAUUCCAUCACGCCCUGUACUUUCUCCUUCAUUAUACAGGCUAUGCCCUAGUCAUCACAUUCUAGCUUCCUUGGCUUUCUUAGCAGUGCUCCUCACACAAAGUCAUUUCCUAUUGUUGUCAUUUUCACAUCACUCAAAAUAUUCAAUAUUCACCUUGGUAUUCUUAUCUCAGGUUGCUCCAGUGCCCUUUCAUCCUUCCUUUUUGUUGUCCAAGCAUCUACCCAUGUCACCACUGACAGAACUUUGUCUUCAAUUUACCCAAUAUGUUUUUUACAGCACCUAAAACUGUUUUCCAUUUAUUCCUCCCUGUUUGAACUGCCUUUCUUUCUUCUGCUUCCUAGCUGCCUUCAUUAUAUUAUGCAGAUCUAAAGUACUUGAACAUCCAUGCUUUGUUUAGGGCAUACCCUUUCUUGUAUUUCACUACUAUGUCUUCCAACCAUCUUGGCAAUUUACCAUUACUGCUGUUCAUCUGGUAUUUAUUUUUAGGGCAACUUUUUAAAAACGUUUCUGCUAAUUCAUAUACUUUUCCUGCCCUUUCUCUUCUGUCUUUGCUGUUACAAUAUUUUUGCAGAUGAUCAUGUUAUAUGCGGGAGGCCUCUGUGUCUCUUUACUCUGCAGAUUCAUUGUUAACCAGGAGCAUGCUCACUGUUGAACCUUGGCUGAACCCUGCCACAAUGUCAAACUCUUCUGUCCUUCACCCUGCUGUUCUUGUCUCUGUACAUUGCUUCUACAACACUCACAGUCUUUCAAAGCUCCCUAAUUUAUGCAGGAUACAUACAUUACCUCUCAGUGAACAGAAUACCCUCUCCAGGUUGACAAAUAAGUAGUUCAGUUUCUUGUUCCCCUCUCUAAAUGUUUCUUGCUUUUGUCUCAUCUCAAAUACUGCACCUGUAAUUUCUUUACCCUGUACAAAUUCUUUUCUUUAUCCAUGAUCCUUUCACAUGCUCGUCAAGCUUUAUUCUCUAUAGUGUCUACAACUUGGCACACCACCUUUGUACUUAUGCACAGCUACUAUUAUACUUUCCUCCCAAUUCCCUUAGGAUUCAUUCUUCGUAUCCAACUUGCUUCAGCAGUUGCCAGAUCCACUUGAUUCCUUCUUCCCACAUCACUUUAACUAUCUCUAUAGAAAUUUCUGAUGGAUCACACCUUUUACCAUAUUUCAUUUUUUCCACAGCUAUUCUACUUCCCUUGUUAUCUCUGGUUCUGGUCCCUCAACUUUUUCUGUUAAAUCCAUUGUUUCUCUUUAAUUUUCUACAGUUAGUUCUUCAAGAUGGUCUUCUUACUGGUUCUUGGUGUCCUUUCCUUUAGUCAGGAUGGUUUCAUCUUUAUCACCUGUUGAUGCUGCAUUCCACACAUAGUGAGCGCAUCUACACAUGCUGCUAUAGUGAUAUUGUUACUGCGCCAUGAUUUAGUACUUCCUUUUGGAAGCAACCAGCCCAUGCUGUGCUGUAUGCAUGGUGCACAGUUAUUUUUAGCAGCUACUUCGCCAUAGCAGCAUGCUAUACUGGCAGAGCACGUUGCUAUGGUGACAAUGCUCCUGGUCACAUGUAGAUGCCUGUGGAUGCUGCGUCACUGUAGCGCAGGGGCGGGCAAUUAUUUUGGGUGGAGGGCCACUUACUGAGUUUUGGCAAGCCAUCGAGGGCCGCAUGACAGGCAGCCAGGGGCAGAUAGAUAUUAAUUUUCUAAACUUUUUAGGGGCCCCACAGGCCAGGUAGAAUGGCCUGGUGGGCCGCAUCUGGCCCGUGGGCCGCAUUUUGCCCACCCCUGCAAAAUGCAUUGCUAUGGCGACAUACUGUCAUGUAUAAACCUGCCCCCUUUCUCAAUGCUUUCUUUUUAUAUUUUUUUUUCCCUCCUCCUGCUACUUUUAACAUGUCAUAUCAUUUUCCCCAUUCAUUAGCUUUUCAGGCUUCCUUUUAGUAGCUUUAUAUCUUUCCCAACUGAUUUAUAAUAUCUAGUUUUUUGUCAUUUUUCAUAUUACAUCCAUUCUCCAGCCCUAUGAUUUGUAUAGCUAAGUUCUCUUCACUCUCUUACCUCUCCUCUACAUUGCUCAAUGUUUUGUCCUUUCAGAGUCCACACUUUAGUUCUUCCAUUCCUCCUCUUUGAAAAUCUGGUUUGGUGAACAUAUUGCUGGUCAAGACCUGGGUUUCCUAGAUACAGCUUUGCUAAAAUCUUAUAGAUUCAUAGAUUCAUA